UAGUAUUGUUCUACCUAACGUAAAAAUAAGAUGGCGGAUACUUUACAACAACCGAUCAUAGCCAAGGGCUUUACCGGUUCGGCGUACCCGGAUGUGUUUAAUUUGAAUGCCAUGCCAGCCCCACCACUGGAACUGAAACCCGGACAGCUUCAAGACCACAAGAUACGGCAGUUCUUUGAAGACGGAUACGUUAUUGUGGAGAAUUUCUUUACACGUGAAGAGCUGAACACGUGCAGAAACGCCGUAAAUGAACAAGUGGAAAAUCUGGCACAGAAACUCUACGGAGCUGGCAAAAUCAAAAAUUUGUAUAGCGACUUUGGAUUCUCUGACCGUUUGAUAAAGUUAGAGGAAGAAUUUCCUGGGACUAAUAUCAUCCUACACAAGGGAGACGGAUUACCAGAGGCGUUUAGAAAUCUGUGGACAAACGAACGUCUGUUGAAUGUGGUGGAGCAGCUAAUUGGACCGGAUAUAGCAGGACAUCCGGUCUGGAACUUGCGCACGAAAACUCCACAGAACGAGGCUACAACCGUACCCUGGCAUCAAGAUUGUGCCUACCUUGAUACAGAUUCCUACAAGGUCCUACAGCCUACAGCUUGGAUUCCUCUUGUGGAUGCUGAUGAACGAAAUGGAUGUAUGCAAGUUAUCCAUAAGGGUCACAAAACAGGACUUGUGGGUAAUCAUCAGUGUUGUUAUGGUGGAACGUGGUAUGUCAUGCUCGAUGAAAAUGAAAUGGAGAGAACUUUAGACGCAGACAUUCCCGGCGACAUCCGGACAUGCCCUGUUCCUUACGGUGGUAUGCUGCUCUUGAACAACGUAAUUCCUCAUAGAAGUUUACCAAACAUGACAAAGGAAAUUCGCUGGAGUUUAGAUCUACGUUUCCAGAACCCUGCACUCCCCUUUGGUUUUUACGGAAUGAAAAAGGGAGUUAUCAUGCGGAAAUCAAACGAGCCUGAUUACAAGAUUCCGUGGCAGGAAUUCCUUAACAUCAACAGACGAGCAAAGCAGCGUCAGGCUGUCAAAGAUUUAGUGGAAAAUGAAUCCGACCAGGAGUUUAGCACCACGCUGGAGGGUCCAUGGAUGAGGAAGUGGGAAAUUGUGCAUACAAACCAGCAUACCAAACGCGCGGAAACGGAAGAUGCUCGCUGGGAAGAAUGCAAAGCUUGAACUUCUUUUUAUAUGUACAUAAAACUAGCUUCAGAAUACACCGAGACGAGGAAAAGUCGCAGGGAAGAUUGAAUGACAGUCUAAAUGUUAAAGUGAAUAUAUUGAUCAAAAGCGGUUUCGCCCACUUUGCCAAUACUUGGGUUAUUUGUAAUACAUACAAAACACAAGUAAAACAUUAACCACAAAAUAACUUAUCCUUCACAUUUCAACCUUUUGAAAUGACAUAAUGACAUUAUGGUGGCAACGUCGAGUUUGACUCGAAGAACUUGAUAUCGUACAAGGAGAACAUACACCAACAGCGAUCCCAUAAUAUUAAAUAAAAAUCAAAUGUAAAUAC